CCCGCCCCUUUUCUGCACUCUGGCUGCACUGAGCUAACGGAAUACGGGUAGUAAAAUGGCCGAGAAGCAGAAGCACGAAGGCAGGGUCAAGAUAGGACACUACAUCCUUGGAGACACGCUCGGAGUCGGCACGUUUGGCAAAGUGAAGAUUGGAGAGCACCAGCUAACAGGGCACAAGGUUGCUGUUAAGAUCCUGAACAGGCAGAAGAUUCGCAGUCUAGAUGUGGUCGGCAAAAUCAAACGAGAAAUCCAGAACCUCAAGCUGUUCCGGCAUCCACACAUCAUCAAGCUGUAUCAGGUGAUCAGUACUCCCACAGACUUCUUCAUGGUGAUGGAAUAUGUAUCUGGAGGAGAGCUCUUUGAUUAUAUCUGUAAGCAUGGAAGGGUAGAGGACAAUGAAGCACGACGUUUGUUCCAGCAGAUCAUCUCUGCAGUUGACUACUGCCACAGACACAUGGUGGUGCACAGAGACUUGAAACCCGAGAACGUCCUUCUGGACGGCAACAUGAACGCCAAGAUUGCUGAUUUCGGCUUGUCAAACAUGAUGUCAGAUGGGGAGUUCUUGAGAACAAGCUGUGGUUCACCUAACUACGCUGCUCCAGAGGUCAUCUCUGGAAGACUGUACGCAGGUCCAGAGGUGGAUAUCUGGAGCUGUGGUGUGAUCUUGUAUGCUCUGCUGUGUGGCACUUUGCCCUUCGAUGAUGAGCAUGUACCCACUCUCUUCAAGAAGAUCCGUGGAGGAGUUUUCUACAUCCCUGAGUACCUUAAUCGCUCUGUGGCCAGCCUGCUGAUGCUCAUGCUCCAGGUGGACCCUCUGAAAAGGGCCACAAUCAAAGACAUUAGAGAAGAUGAAUGGUUUAAGCAGGAUCUGCCCAGCUACCUGUUCCCGGAGGACGCUUCAUACGACAGUGCUGCGGUCGAUGAGGAAGCUGUGCGGGACGUUUGUGAGAAGUUUGAAUGUGCUGAGGCCGAGGUGCUCAGCAGCCUGUACAGCGGCGACCCUCAGGACCAGCUGGCUGUCGCCUACCACCUCAUCAUCGACAACCGCCGUAUCAUGAACCAGGCUAGUGAGUUCUACCUGGCCUCCAGCCCACCUGCUGCCUCCUUCAUUGACGAGAACAUCAAGCCACACCCUGAGAGGAUGCCCCCACUGCUGGUAGACAGCCCCAAGGCCCGGUGCCCACUGGACGCGCUGAACACCACCAAACCCAAACCUCUGGCAGUGAAAAAGGCUAAGUGGCAUCUUGGUAUCCGCAGUCAGAGCAGACCCUAUGACAUCAUGGCUGAAGUGUACCGCGCCAUGAAGCAGCUUGAGUAUGACUGGAAGGUGGUGAACCCCUAUCACCUGAGGGUGCGCAGGAAGAACCCAGUGACUGGAAACUUUGUAAAAAUGAGCCUGCAGCUCUAUCAGGUGGACAACCGCAGUUAUCUGCUGGAUUUCAAAAGCAUUGAUGAUGACAUCAUCGAGCAGAAAUCUGGCUCGUCCACACCUCAGCGCUCCGGCUCUGCUGCAGGUCUUCACCGUCCCCGUCUCAGCAUCGACUCGGCAACCGUCGCUAUGGAUAUACCACCGCUCAGCAGCUCACUGCCAUGUUCUCUACCGGGCAACAUGCCCGUUCUGGCACCACGACAAGGCAGCCAUACCAUGGACUUCUUCGAGAUGUGUGCCAGUCUCAUCACCACACUGGCACGCUGAAAAGCACAUAUACACACACACACACACACACACACACACACACGCACUCAUUUAUGCACAGUAACAGGUAUCUGUAGAUAGAUUAGGGGGUUAAAUCACAUGACCUCUGUAGAUUCAGCCACAAAUUAAAUUCUCACACAGACAGUUAGACAUGAUUAUAGACAUGAUGCUUGCUGCUAUACUGAUGGUUCAGUUCAUUGUAGCAGUACGGCAUUCUGGGGCCUUUCCAGGUUUCAGCAUGCUUCAUCCAUUUUGUUUUUAUACGCAUAACAUUUUGAUAAUAUAAUCUAUUUAUAUUCUCUUAUCAAUCAGUUUAGUAGCUGAGUUGCUGGUUGAUUGCAGUGACAUACCAAAAAUUAAGUUUAUAUGCAUUCAAAGAGAGGGUGAUUAUACAUUUAUUAUAUAUUAGAUUAUUUAUUUUUUAGAGAUAUUUUAUGGUAUUUGGUUAUUUUAUUUAUGUAUUAGUCGAGUGAUGAAUUAAUUGCAAGUAUUCUGAGGAAUGGUUUGGCAGUUUGAGUGUUGAGAGCAUGACAAGCAUGUCAACAAAUACACACCAUCGAUGUCGUAGAGCACAAAAGCGAGUGCCGACGUGGCUUUGCUUCGAGUUCGAGUAGCAGAAGUAAGUAUGCAGUUCCUAGGAUCUUCCAUCUGUAAGUAAUUAUAGAUGGUUACCUUCAGUGCAGUGCCUUUUCUUUUAGCUGCUGGAUGGUGUUGUGCUGUUAACUUGUAUAUUAAUGGAAUGUCCAGUCAGAGACACGGAUAACUCAACACAGCGCCACAAGCUGAAGAGAAAGAGCGAGAGAGUGAUUGAGUGCUGUGCUCAGCACCACAUACUGGCCUUGAUCAAGGAUAAAAUGUAGAGGCACAUCCAGAGAGAGAUUUAGAGUCAAAGGAAGAGACAUUUAGAGUGAGAGAGAGAACAAGACAGACAGGCCAAGAGAAGAAUAGUGGAAGAGAGAUUUAGAGCCUGAAAGUAGGAUAGCGAGAAAUUGAGGGGAGAGAGAUAUACAGUGCCCUUCGAAACUAUUGGAACAGCCAGGCCAAUUCAUUUGUUUGUGCUGUACACCAAAGACAUUUGGGUUUCAGAUCAAAAGAUGGAGAUGAGAUAAGAGUUUAAGAUUUCAGCUUUUAUUUCCUGGUAUUAAUAUGUAGAUGUGUUAAACAAUAUAAAACAUAGAAUCUUUUGUAUCAGACCACCCAGUUUUUAGGCGAGGAAAAAUAUUGGAACAUGUGACUGACAGGUGUUUAUGGUUACCCAGGUGUGUCCUGUUAGUAUUGGAUUCUCACAGUGUUUAAUAUUGUUUUUGCUUAACUAAGAUGGAUUACAUCACUGAUAUGUGCUAUAUGUUAAUGUGUUUUGAUUAUUCUGGCCUCCAUUUGUUAUUUUUUGUUAUGUUUGUUAUGUUAGUGAUUGCUUAAACAAUAAAUAGCUCUUAACAUCUACAUUAGCUUUUAGCCUUCAGCUUCACCUCAUAUUCAUCUUUUGAUCUCAAACCCAAACGUCUUCAGUCUACAGCAAAAACAAUUUAAUUAGCCUUGCCGUUCCAAUAGUUUCAGAGGGGACUGUAGAGAGAAAAGGAAGGACAGAGAGAAGGAGGUGAUGUACAGUAGAACAAGCAACAGAAUGCAGUUUUGCUGCAUUUUUUUCCUAGAUAUAUGAUACUGUAUGGAGCGUGAGAUGGGGUGUAUUUGGUGACAUUUGGCAAAGAGAUUAAAGCCAUGAGCAUUUAGGAGUUAAAACCAUUCAAAGCUUCCUCUGAUGCCUUAGAAGCAACAUAUUAUAUUGUGUGAAUGUAUACAUGUGUGUGCAGAUCUGUUAGACGUGUGUAUCUUGUUCCUCUACUGUAAGUGCUGGAAUGUUCAGAGCCCCUGACAGCAUAGUUUUCUAGCAGGGGCUCUGUUUACUUCUGACCUGAUGACUUCAGAAAGAGGACAUGGGAAAUUCAGGAAGGUGAUCGAAAAAUGUCAUGGUUUAUCGUGCCAGCUUGUGAUUGGGCUACUAUACAGAACCACAGCAUGAAUGUUUCUUAAAUGAUUACCAAAAUGUUUUGUUUUCUUUUAUCAGACAUCAAAAAUAAUUCUUAUUUAUGAAUACAUUAUUU